UUGUUUCGAGGUGGAUUGCGCAAGAAGUGCUGGAAGCAUUCACCCUCUUGAUGCGUUUUCCAUGAUGGCGGUUCGUGGUUCGUAAGAAAAUGUGCCCCGUCGUGAGCCAUAUUAUGGAUAAAAACAGCGUCCAGCAUGAGCAAUUAGAAGUGCGUUGAGUAUACAAAAUUACCUUCAGCAAGUAGAUGUAAAAGAUGAAGACCAUGGAUUUCGAGUCGCGGCGGCGCGCGUUCAAGCAGACGCAGGACUUGUAUGACAGUGCACAACUUCCCCUCCCCCACUUUUGUAUAGCAUGAACGGCAACAGAAGCAUCAGCAAGAAUGCCGGUUUUGCAUGACAAAUUUACACUGGAGUGUAGUGCUGUUUGAGCUUCCAGAACUUGUCAUGCGAACAGUGCUAAGAGGCAAAGCGUGAAUUGGGUAUUUUGCAUGACAAAUGAGGGGGAGGGGGAGUUGUGCACUGUCAUAACUUGAACGACGUGCGACGGAAGCGCGAAGACGAGGAAGUGCAGCUGCGGAAAACGGAAAAGGAGGUGCUCCUGCAGAAAAAGCGCCGGGAUUGCCGCAGCGAUGGUUGUAGUACACCAGCAGCUCCGGCGUCCACCUCGACUUCCUGUGCAGCUGCAUCCUCUUCCACCACGGAAACAAGCAUGGGUAGUACUUCUACCCACGGUAAUUAUAACAGCGCGGCAAGUAGGACAACCUCGAACAACAGUUGUGCCAGUGCUUCCAAUUAUACCGCACAGAAGAUUUUAGGGCAGAGGAACACGCUGCUUUCGACAACCGACGAAGAGCACAGUUCGGGAGCGAUGAAUUCAAAAAUGAGUCUGAAUCUGAAUGCGAGUGCAAGUGCACAUCUUCAACUGCAGGCGACAGAUCAACAUGGUGCAGCUGUUGGCAAUAAUAUUAACUCGCCUUGUGUGUUCCGUGACCAUCAUGAUCAUGGCCCGCCAGAAGACUGCUCCCCAUUACUGCAUAUGCACUGCAAGAGAUAUAAUGUCUGGAUUUGGAAGGUUGCAACUUGUCAUGCUAAAUCUGGAUCGUGCCAAAAAUAUGUGUUGCAUGAAUUAAUACCAAAAGAUGUCCACUUUCGAACAAGUUCAGAGGCAGUUUGUCAUGCAGGAUAGGGAUGAUAGAGGUUUCACAGAAUCUGUCAUGCUAGGUCCUACAUGCCAGACCUCAUGGGUCAUGGAAAAUCUGCGCCACAAGUCUUGCAUUCUUCCAGACCUAGACAUAUUUGCAGUUUAUACUGCAGUGGUUCGAGAACGCGACAACGGCACAGCUCUGCAAAAUUAUAACAGUUCACAACUCCCCCCUCCUCAUUUGUGAUGCAAAAUCCCAAGUCUAAACUUCGCCUCUUGGCACUGUUUGCAUGACAAGUUCUGGCAGCCCAAACACCACUACAAUCCUGUGAAAAUUUGUCAUGCAAAAGCUGCACUCUUGCAGGCCCGUCUAUUGCUGUUCAUGCAAUACAAAUGAGGGGGAGGGGGAGUUGUGCAGUCUCAUAAAAAUCGUGUUACAGGCAGACGACAACGGCGAGAUUGUUGAAGAAGGCGUAACAUUGCCGCAGUUCGGCAACUACCCUAAUUCCACCGGUAGUACAACUUCUGCGAUCAUGGGUACGAUGAAGACAGGAGAUGCCGCUUCUUCAGGAACUGUAGUUCCUGAAAUAAACAACAAGCUUGUUCUCACUGGCACCACGAAAUCUGCAUCCAGUUCGACGGGUGGAAGUACUACAACUGUGGCGCCCACGAGUGGUACAUUCAUCCGACAUAUCAACUGCAAAUAUGUAGUCUGGGUCUGGAAACUUGUGAUGCUGAACUGUGGAUGGCUGAAAUAUUUGCCAACGCAGCCAAGCAUGACAAGUUUGCAGAUCGCUUUCUCAUGCUCAGUACGCAUGGGAAACUGCGCUUUUGUAUGACCAAAGAGGGCGUCUUUUUGUUUAGUCAUGCAAUACAGAUUUUACAGGAAUGUAGGACUGGCAUGACAAGUUCCAUGUUUCCAGACCCAGACAUAUUUGCAUUGCAUCCGACACCCACCUUCCAACCCGCACACGCCAAUCAGCAAAACACGGGUGAAAGUCCUGCACGCGGUCACGGAGCUGCGGAAACGGCGUAUCCUAUGUAAAAACAUCCCCACACCAUAGUCAAGGUGGGAAGUCUGCAACACAAAUUCCCAAGUUUUGGGAGUUCUGCAUGAUAAGUUUCCAUCUGCAGUGUAGUGCUGGCGAGCAAGGAAAGCCGCAUAAGAAAGCCUAAUUUCUGAUCCUGUUUACAGCAUUACAAAUGGCAAAACACGAUUGGAAAUUUUGCCUCCCAUGGAGAUGCGCAUUACAGAUGUUCCUGUCAUUGUGCAUCCGCAUGACAACUCUGGGGUGGGGACGUUUUUACACAGGAUACGGCUGUCGCGGCCGGAAAACCCCCCGAUCCAGGAAAUUUUGGACUACGGGCUGCAGGUUGCAGCGGCUGCAAGUAAGAGUAGUAGAAAUGGAACAGGUGUAAUAUCGGGAACAACUACAACAUGUGGAGAUCAUACAGUGGGAAGCUGUACCUCCAAUGGCAAUAGAAAUUGUCCUGAGCAAGGUCUUCAAUAUCAUGGCAAGAAUCACUGCAUCAGGAAGAUGGUGACGAUCAUGCUGAAUACCGACGAUCACAAACUGAAAUUCGAGCUGGCCUAGGCAGGAGAAGAACUGUGGUCUAGUCAGUGUAAGAUGAACUCUCUUGGAGUGACAGCAUGACAAAUUUGCUGUGCAUGAUAGAAAAAAUCUGUGAUGCAUGGUUACUACGUGAUGAAAUUGCAAUUGCAUGUGAAAAGUAGCGGGCCUCAUGGCAGCUGUCUCUGGCAUGACAAGUAUAUGUUACUGUGUUGCUUUUUCUGCGUCACAGAUGAAUUUACACUUCUUUGCACAGUUUUUUUCUUGCAUAUAAUCUGGACUUUGACCAACAUCGCCAGCGGGAACUCCGAGCACACGAAUGCUGUUGUUGAGUCGGGCGGUUUGGAGGCGUUUUUGCAGAUCUUGAACAGCCGAUCGGCGUUGCGCUCCGAGCUGUGUGAGCAGGCGAUUUGGGCGUUGGGAAACAUCGCGGGGGACGGCCCGGUGUUGCGGGACAAACUACUGGAGAGAAACGCCAUCAAAGUUCUCCAGAACAUUUGCUCCGCUGUGACGCAAUUGCAGUGGAAUGACAAGGAGAAGACUGACGUGCUGCGAAACGUCAUGUGGCUCAUGAGCAACCUGUGUCGGGGAAAGGUAGAAUAUCCUGAGUAAAAACGUAUCCACACCAGAGUUGUAAUGCAGAUUUGCAAAGACAGGAAGACUUGUAAUGCGCAUCCCCACGAGAGCCAUUUCCAGUCGUGUUUUGGAAUUUGUGAUGCUGUGAACAGGUUGAGCAGAUGAAUCUGUGAUGCGGCUGCACUUGCUAACCUGCACUACACUGCAGAGUACAACUUGUCAAGCGUGACUCACAAAGCUCCUAGGUUUGUGUUGCAAAAUCCCCAUCCUGGCUCUGGUGUGGGUACGUUUUUACUCAGGAUAUAGAAGGAAAUAAAUUCAAUAUGUUUUUUCAGAUUUCAUGAUCAGCAGCCGCUGCGGCUGUGGUCUCUGUCUCAUCUAACUAACUUUAAGUGUGCACAGCACCUCCAUCACCACGCUUAGACUUCUGCAGCAUAAUUCCGGAUUUAUUAUUUUUCACACGAUAAAAAAUCUUUAUCUUCCUGAAGGCGAUAGAUGUAGAGCUUAAGUCAGUGCAGCCAUCUCGUCGUCUUCACUGAACAGCUAUCAAAUGCAAAAAUGUCUGGGUCUGGAAGAGUGCAAGUUUGUCAUGCUUGUCUGGCAUGACUCGAGAAUCUGUGUUGCAUAGCCACGAAAAGGCCCUCUUACCUGUCAUGCAAAAACGCAGUUUGCCAUGCGGAACACGUAAGAUAUGGCAGCCAAAAAAUUUGUCAUGCAUAGCUGCGUAUUGCAGUGCGUUUAGCAUUCAUUUUUAGCAUUACAAAUUUCCAGACCCAGACAUAUUUGCAAUCCAUAACAGCCGUCGCCACCGUUCGAAGUGGUGUGCCCGGCGUUCGAAGUGUUCGCAGAGGUGGUCGGGCGGAAUUUAUGGAUAGGAUGAAAUUCAUCUUGUAUAUGCCAAAUGCGGCAUGGGCAUGAGGAACGAAAUUUGUGAUGCCUGUGUUGCUGGAUAAAAAUGAUGAAAGUUGUUCAGCAAGAUAGAACUUGUUUACCUUGCGACUGGUUCAUUUUUUUCCCAUGCUUGUACAACAUUUGGAUGACAAGCAUUUGGUUUUUCCCAUUUCAUAUACACUCGACCACGACAUGACGAUUGACUCGAUGUGGGGGCUGUCGUACCUGACGCAGAGCACGGGCGACGAACAAGAAGACGUGCGAAGGUGUGGGUGAUUUUUUCUUGAAUAUGAUUUGGCUUUUUGUUUUUGAAGAAUUUUCUUUUGCGAAAGUCGAAACAUGCAUCUAGGAUUUCGUCUGAGUUUGUCGUGCAAAAUGCUCCAAUUACCCCGAUGAAAUAUUAAACAUCGCUCAUCAGAGCCUACGCCCUGCUCCUGUCCGGCCAGGCGCAGCGGGACUAUCUGGAGGAACACCAGCCGAAUCUGCUCAUCCGGUGCCUCCUCAACAUUGUCCGCUAUGGCCGAAUAUCAAAUGCAAAAAUGUCUAGGUCUGGAAACUUGUGAUGCUGAGUGGCGUAGCAUGAGGAGGCCACGAGUGCUGGCUCAGCAUGACAAAUUUCUGAGCUUGUAGAUGUUACCUAUUCUGCAUGACAAACAGCGUCUCCGCAUGACAGAAAAGCGCGGCUCUUGGGCAACGUGCGUGACAGAUUUAAGAGUCAUGCCAGAGAAGCAUGACAAACAUUCAUUCUUCCAGACCCAGACAUUUUUACAGUUGAUACCGAAAAGCAGGCGGGGCCGCGGAUACCGGGCCUGUUGUCAAGGACCUCACGUAUGAUCACGCAAGCAGUACGUGGAAAAACGAAGCCACACAAGCCGAGGACUUCUUGCUCACCCAUCCCGCGCUGCGCGUCAUAGGUACUUACUGUAGAAUUCAUCUAGCUGCAGUGUGGUUUGUAAUGUACUUCUUACUAGUGGGGGCGAUGAUAGUAUCCUAUCGUGUGAGCAGCUACAAGAACAUCUUUUGCACAUCUGCACCGUUGUAACUGCAGUGCGCUAUCAACGAACUAGACGAAUCAUGAUGUGGUCCACCAAGUUUUCAAAUGUGAACACUCGGCGGCGGCCCAAGGAACUACAGUAAGUACUUACAACAGUCUUUUUCUUGAUAUUUAUCAAAAUUCUAUUCCGCAGGCAACCUAAUUCAAACACCGGACCACCGAUAUGCCGACAUCUGUAUCCAGUCGGGGUUGCUUCCCGCAUUGAUAUAUGCAUUGCAAAUAUCCCUGAAUGUCUGGAAGGAUGCAACUUGUGAUGCUACAUUUGGACUCCAAAAAAAUUUGUGUUGCAUGAGCAGCAAAUGGAGUAUAAUUUUUGCUACGCGGAGACGAGGGCAUUUGUCAUGCGAAAUAGGCAUCAAGAACCUGUCACAAAAUCUGUGAUGCUACGGCAUGCAUCACAGACAUCAUGGCUCAUGCAGAACGUGCAUGACAAGUCUCAGAAUCUUCCCGACAUCCAGGGAUAUUUGCAAUCCAUAUGAUAACUCUGCUGAAGAACUACGGCGGAUAUCGCAAGAAAAAAGUCUUACAGUUACACAUUGUGCUGCAGGCCAAGCAAGACAGACAAGCUCUGUCAUGCCGGAUAUGCAUGGGAGCCUCGUUUCAUAGCUGUUUUCCCGUACCACUACUAGGAUUUCUGCAUUACAAGUUUUCUCUCUCAACAUGCCGAGAAAUUUGUGUUGCUGAUUUCACUACAAAGGUGUAAGUGUAACACUUUUUUCGUGGGAUUGCGGAGGAGGUAGUACUCAUAGAGGAGCUGCGCCCAGCCCCCCUGGAACCGCUACAAAUCCACCAUGUACAACAAACGGCCAACAAACCACAACACGAACAAAUGGCGGUCCAGUUCUUGCAGGAGUUUCUUCGACGUCGGAGCAAAAAAACCUCCAAAACGGUUUUAGAAGUAUUUCGACAGGGGCGGAGAAUCUGAAUCACGAUCAACAGGCAACAAUAUUUAACCCGCAGCGGAACAAAGCGCGAGAGAAGCAACUUUUGAAGAUCCAGAAAGAAGCCGUGUUAUGCAUUGCAAAAGUAUCGUACUCGUAUAAAUGCAGAUCUUGCAUAACAAAUCUUGUUCCCAAGGCAAAGGCGCAUUGCAAAUUUUAUUUUUCAUGCUGAGGAAAUUUGUGAUGCAUUUAUACGAGUGCGAUGCUUUUGCAAUUUAUACGUGUGGGUGCUCAGCAAUAUUGCGGCCGGGUCGCCGCAUCAAGUGAAAUUGUUGGUCGAGCCUUUGUAUCAAAUGCAAAAAUGUCUCGGUCUGGAACAAGGCAACUUGUCAUGCUAAAUCUGAAUGAUGUAAAAAUUUGUGUUGCGUGAUGACCAAAAGAUGUCCACUUUUUAUCUAAUCGAGAGGCAGUUUCUCAUGCAGGAUAGGCAUGAUGGAACUCUCACAGAAUCUGUCAUGCUAUGUCCUACAUGCCAGACCUAAUGGAUCAUGGAAAACCUGCAUGACAACCCUGGCACUUUUCCAGACCCAGACAUAUUUGCAUUUGAUACUUUGAAGAUGCUCCCGCAGUUGUGUCGCUGCCGUUGUCCGGAGACGGGGAAAGUUUACAUGCAGGACGUUUUCGACGUGAUCAAAGACGACUUCAUUCUGCCGGGCUUGAAACCGAGGGUGCUCAUGCAGGAAGCGGGCUACGUGUUCGCGAACGCGGUGUGUUCUGCCGCGGCGAAUAACAUCCUGGUUUGCAUUCCCACCGACUACUCCGCUUUCAACCAGCAAAAGGAAGAUCACAAUUUUGAUCAUUUGCAAGAACCUCCUUUCAAUGGUGCGGGAAGAAAUAGCUGUAACUACAACAUGUCCAACAUUCAUUCGGGCAGAACCUCUACAACAAUAGAACCACAGGAGGUCGUCGUGCAUCAAGGUCAACAUCAUCAUCAAAACUUCCUUCCCGACAGGAGCACCACGACGACCUCUUCGACCUCGAUGCUUGUUGUUUCCUCGCCGGUGGAAGUUGUAGAUGACUACAAACAGGGUAGAACUUCGACGACCUCAACCUCCUCGCUGUCCAGCACGAAAACCACGAGCAAGAGAGAGGUCCCGCUGAUCGAAACGCUGAUCUUCAAAAAGGACUGCUACCGACUGAUCUCGCUGGUGCUGAAGGGCGAAAUCAAAGCGAACCGCAGCACCGGGUCGGAGCGCCUGAUUCAGGCUUGCUUGGACGCGAUUAUCAAAUGCAAAAAUGUUUGGGUCUCAAGGUCGUGCUGCUUUUGCAUGACACAGAAGGUCUGGCAUGGAAGCUCUAGCAUCACAGGUUUCGAGAAGCUUCCGCAAUGCCGAAUCCGCAUGACAAAUCCCCCACUGUGGUGACAGAAAGUGGGCAGCUUUUGCUGCCUAUGCAUGAGGGAUUUUUCUGUGUUCUGAAAUGCGCAGCACAAGUUUGUAUUCUCCCAGACCCAGGCACAUUUGCAAUCCAUAGCGAUUAUGGAGGGGCUGAAAUGGGACGACUUGACAAGGCAGUUGGGGGAGGGCAAAGAAGAUGAAAUGAGCGCUGCAAAAAUCACCGGGGGUAGAAACUACAAGUCCGUGAAGCAGAUAAUCGAGGAGAACGGUUUGAUCGUAUCAAAAUGAAAAAUCCCCCCUUCCCAUAUGAAAAUGAAAAUCCGUGUUGCGGGAUUUGUGUACACAAAUCAGCUUUGUUCUGCAGUAGAGGAGUACAGGCAGAUACAAAGCCUGGAGAGGGGCGCUUUCUGGAGGUGGCCGCUUCGCACCAUGGCAGACGUCUGCCCUGUAGGCGCAAUAGCGCCUAAAAAUGCGGAAGGAGGCUCUGGCUUUGCUCUCUUGCAAGACAGAACCUAGCUGUGGCCGCAAAUCUGCAUGACAAAUUUUCAGAAGGGUGCGCUUUCGAUAUGGGGAGGGGGUUUUUUUUCUCAGAAUAGAUCGAGUCCGUGCUUCAUAACGUCACCGACAACACGAAGGAGGAAUCGGAAUCUUGCCGGAAAGCCACGGCUAUCAACUGCAAAUAUGUUUGGGGCUCCUGGAAAGUUGGAACUUGUAUAUGCUCGUCUGACUUUCGUGUGAGAUUUGUAUUGCAUGACCAACAACAAAAGUCGCAGCCUCGUCUCUGGUCAGACAAAAACGCAGUUUUCCAUGCGGGCUGCGUAUGAGAAAGCGUUCCGGACGAUGAAACUUGUCAUGCUUGGCUGCGUUCGGAAGUGUUUUCAUCAUUCACAAUUCAGCAUCACAAAUCUCCGGACCCAGAUGACAUGUUUGCAUGUGAUAACUGCGAUUCUUCAGCGGUGGUUCUCAUCCGCCUCGGGCAUGAGCGAUGGGUUAUGCCUUGCAAAAGUACUUUCGCAGUCGUAGUAAUCGCAGCCUUGCAUUACAAAUCUUCGCCCCAAGGUAGAUCAGCACGACAAAUUCCAUUUGUCGUGCUGAGCUAACUUGUGAUGCAAUUACUACUGCAGAUGAAGCGCGAUACUUUUGCACAGGAUAUGGGUUCGACGAGGAGGACAAUUUUCUGCUUCAAGAAGAUUUCGUACGACAAUGCACAACUCCCCCUCCCCCUCAUUUGUCAUGCAAAAUACCAAAUCCACCCCUUUCUCUUAAGCAUUGCUUGCAUGACAGAUUCCGAAAGCUGAAACAGCACCAGAAUCGGUCACUAAUUUGUCAUGCAAAAGCUGCACUUGUGUUGCUGCUUAUGGCCUUCAAAUGAGCGGGAGGGGGUGUUGUGCACUCUCAUAUUUCGAAAACGCCAUUGCCAGCAGCUUGUUCGAUACUGCCAUGGGAACAUCCAACAGAAGCAUUGCUGCAGCUUCUUGUGAGGAACGAGUAGAAAACGACACGAUCAAGAUGACCGGGGGGAUUUUUGGAGGUGGCUCAUCAACAUCUCACCCGCCUCCGAUGGCGAUGGCGACGGGGCAAGAAAAUUUUGUCUUCGAUUUUACCGAGGGACGGAGCACUACUGGGAACAAUCCGGGAAGUUGUGGAGCGAAUUUCAACAAAGCAGGACAACAAGUUCUUGUAAAAGACGACCCGUUUGCGCUUUCCCGGCAGCAUUUCUCGUUCGGGAGCGGGACGACCUGAGAAAACUUUAUUUAUCCGACGACUAGCAUCAGCGUUCAAGAAGCUAGAUCUGGAAUGUGAAUGAGUUUCAAUUUCUGCGAAAGGUGGAGGCUCUGGGUUUUAUGUACUUUUUACCUCAAUAAACUACAACGCGAUAAUAUUCGAAGAAUGAAAAAUUUUGCAUUUCCAACAUCCAGAGGACAAACAAUGCCAAUUAAGUUUAAGAAUACUAAGUAGUAGCAUGAUGCGGCCGUCGUGGUGGCUUUGGCUUUUGCUCUUCCGAGAAAGGUUUUGCCGAAAUAAACGAAUCUUCGAGCGGGGCCACUGUAUGCAGGCCACUGCUUAUGGUCCACGUGCAGACUACUUAGUUCGUCAUGCAGACUUGACCGCUGCAUGCAGAUCGAUCAUUGUACACAUGCAGUCCUAAAAAUUGACAUCUUCUGUUUCAAACUAAAUCCUUUGUUUGCUUAGAAAGGAAAUGAAACUCAAGAGAAGAAAAAGGAGAGUGCUUAGUAGGUGGAUGAAUCUCCUGCUCUGCACCAUUUCUGCCCGGAAUCUGUCAGCGACUUUUCGCGACGACUAGAAAUUUCAAGCUCGACGAGCAGGAAACGAACCGAAAUUUUAGCAUGACUUUACGCUUCUAUAAUCAGUUGAAGGAAGGUUUUAU